UCUUCCUUCUCCAUCCGGUGCCCGUCCCCGCCGCUGACCAGCACCAACUAACUGAAUCCCACUCCCUCCGUUUGUCACCACCUCAUUCUACAAGCAAAAAUAGAAAAGCCCCAACCGGCCAAAGAAAACAGACACAAAAGACAGGGAAAAUGACCCCCCGGUGCUUCAUCAUCCGCCACGGCGAAACCGAAUGGUCGCUGAAUGGUCGACACACCGGCACCACGGACUUACCCCUCACUUCCAACGGGGAGAAACGGAUAAAGGCGACGGGGAAAGCACUUGUUGGGAAUGAUCGGUUGAUUGUGCCGAAGAAAUUGGUGCAUGUGUAUGUGUCGCCGCGGGCACGAGCACAACGUACGCUGGAAUUACUUGAGAUUGGAUGUCGGGAGAGAUUGCCCUGGUCUGGGGAGAGGAAGUCCGAGGAGGAGGAGCCGAUUCGGACGGAGGCUCGUGUGGAAGUUACAGAGGCGGUGCGGGAAUGGGAUUAUGGUGAGUAUGAGGGGUUGACGAGUCGUCAGAUUCGGGAGUUGAGGGCAGAGAGGGGGGAAGGGGCAUGGGAUAUUUGGAGGGAUGGGUGUCCUGGGGGAGAAUCCCCCGAAGACGUGAUUAAGCGGCUGGAUGCCCUGAUCGCAGAGAUCAGACAGAAGUACCACGGCCCGUGUUUCGACGGGUCCGACGACUCGGGCAAAGGCGAUGUUCUCGUCGUCGCUCACGGCCAUAUCCUUCGUGCGUUUGCGAUGCGAUGGACAGGAAGGCCGUUGACGGAGACGGCGCUAAUCCUGGAAGCGGGUGGUGUGGGCACACUGAGGUGAG